GUACAUAUUGGUGAAAAACUUAAAUACCUCCCAAAUGAGUUAAGGUUUCUGGAAUGGCAUGUAUUUCCUUUGUCCUUAUCUUCCAAAUGUUGUCCCCCUGAACAACUUGUUGCACUCAAGAUGUCUAGCAUUUUAUUGGAGAAGGUAUUCAAGCAGGGGUUCCAGUACAAAAAUUUGAAAACUAUCGAGCUGAGAUUUUGUAAAUUCAUUACAAAAUUACCUGACUUGUGCUCCCCAAACUUAGAGAAAUUGGACCUUCACAGUUGUGAAAAUUUAAUUGAGGUUCAUGAGUCCAUUGGAUUUCUUGAGAAGCUUAAAGUAUGGAAUCUCCAUGGCUGUUCACAACUUCAAAUUCUUCCAAGUACACUCAUGCUAAAAUCUCUUGGAUAUUUUAAUCUAAAUAACUGCUCAAGGCUUGAGAAGUUCCCCGAUAUUCACCCUGAAAUGAAAUGUCUAAAGAAAUUGUAUUUGCUUUCUAGUGGUCUUAGAGAAUUGCCUUCAUCACUAUUGUAUUUGACUAGACUUGACACAUUAGGACUAAUUUUUUGUGGUAAGCUUACAAAUUUUCUAGUUAGGGCCAAUAAAUCACAAAUGCAGGAGGAAGUAGAUAUUCCUUCUGCCAAAUUGAGACUAGCAUGCAAUUCCUUUCAUAACUUUUCGAGACCAAUUGGGUUUCUAAGCAUGACACAACUAAAUCUUGGCGCAUGUGUUGGAAUUAAAGUUGGAUUAGAUUCUUGGAUGCAACCUGAUUACUUCCCAGUAUUGACCAAUUUAGAUCUAGCUUAUACUAGUAUUGUUACCAUCCCAGAAAGUAUUACUAGAUUUGCUAGAUUACAAUAUCUUUACAUAAGAGAUUGCAAAAAGCUUCGAGAAAUUCCCAGACUUCCACAAUCUAUUAGAACUGUGGAUGCACUUAGAUGCUAUCGGCUGGAUCCACAAUCAUUAAGUAGAUUAUGGAAUCAGGAUUUUACCAAAUACAGUUGCUGA